AUGGACGGUGCAAGAGACACGUACCUAAUCCGGACCGCACGCCUCGUCCUCGGCCUCGCCGUGCAAAGCGCCGCUGGGCGCAUCCCAGCCGACAUUGCGGAAAAGGUGUCUGCGCAGCUGUUUCCGGAGGAGGGGCAGGAAGUCAUGGGUAAAGAGGAGUUUGAGGCGUUUGUCAAGGGAAGUGUGGAGAGGGGCGAGGUUAGUGUGGUUAGGGGAGCGCAGAUAUUGGAGUUGGUUGGGGCGAGUAUUAGUUGGGUGGGGGAUGGGGAUGAGGAUGAGGAUGAGGAUGAGGAUGAGGAUGAGGAUGAGGAUGAGGAUGAGGAUGAGGGCGUGUAG